AUGCCUCCCAAGAAGAAAGGUGGUAAGAAGCAGGCCGACGACUGGGAAAACGAUCUGGGCGAGACCGUCGACCCAAUUGCCCAGGCCACCGAAGAUGCAAAGCAGGCAGAAAAUGACAAAGAUGCCGAAGAUGGAGAGAUGAACGGCUCUUCUGGAGGUCUUCUGGCGGCCCUGCGGAAGAACAAAGACAAGCGCGCAAAGCGAGGCAAACCUGUCCAGAACGACUUCGUUGAUGGUGAGGAUGCUGACGGUGCAUCAACCCCCGUUCCCGCAGACCUUGACGCCAAGGCACCCACGGAAGCAACGUUCGACGACGACGAGGAUGUUUUCGCUGGCGGAAACAAAAAGGACAAGGGUGGGAAAAAGCAACCAGACAAGUCAGCGGCUGCCAAAGAUGAUGAUGACGAUGCCGGGGGUGGUCUGAAGUCGAAGAAGGAGAAAGAAAAGGAGAAGAAAGAGCGUGAGAAGCAGAGGAAGAAGGAACAGGCGGCCAAGAAGAAACCUACUGUUCCAACACCUGCACCAGCGGCGAAAGUUGAGCCUGCCAAGCCUAUUGUGGAAGAAAAAGUCACAGCUCCUGCCGCCACAGAAAAGGGCGACAAAGAUGGCAAGAAGAGGAAAGUCCCUGCACACCUUGCUGCAAUUCAGAAACAGCAAGAGGCUUUAGCCCGACAACGAGAGCAAGACGAGAAACUCGCCGCGGAAGAAAAAGCUGCGGAAGACGAGAGACUUCGGAAAGAAGCAGAGGAGGAGAGUAAGAAGGCUGAGGCUCGACAGCGAAAGAAGGAAAAGGAGAAGGAAAAGAAAGAACAGCUCCGAAAGGAGGGCAAGCUACUUUCAGCGGCCGACUUGAAAAAGAAGCAACAAGCAGAAGUUCGUAAGAAGCAAUUACUCGAAUCUGGUGUCAAGGUUGCUGGCCUCGAAGAAGAUGGCGAAGAGGAGAAGAAAAAGCCGGCCAGCAAAGAUGUCAGAAAGCGCAAAGGGCCGAAGAAAGGAGAAGUCGACCUCGAAGCUGCCGCAGAGAAAGCAAGACUUGAAGCAGAAGCUGCUGCAGAGGAACGUCAACGACUCGCUAAGGAAGCCGCAGCGGCAGCAGCUGCCGCCGAGGCGGAGAAAGCGGAGGACUCUUCUGGAGUCGACGACUGGGAAAAGGCUGCCGAAGAAGACGUCAAGGACAGCUGGGAUGCGGAUUCGGACGAAGAAGCAAAGAAAGUGGCAGCGGCGAAGACCAAUGGCUCUGCACCAGGCAUAGAUCUCGCCAUCAGAGGUUCAAAAGACAAGGCAGCAGAUUCAGACAGCGAUUCAGACGAAUCCUCUUCCGAGGAUGAAGAAGGAACUGUUACUCAACGAGCACUUGCAAAGAAGAAGGCAGAAGCCGCUGCCCGGAGACAAAAAGCCCACGAAGAAGCACUUGCCGCUCGGUCGAAAGACAAUCUACGAUCACCCAUUUGUUGUAUUCUCGGUCACGUCGAUACUGGCAAGACCAAGCUUCUCGACAAGAUCAGACAGACCAAUGUUCAAGAAGGUGAGGCAGGUGGCAUCACUCAACAGAUUGGUGCUACAUAUUUCCCUCUGGAUGCCCUGCAACAGAAGACUGCCGUGGUGAACCAGGAUGGCAAGUUCGAAUUCAAGGUUCCCGGUCUUCUUGUUAUUGAUACACCUGGUCACGAGUCUUUCUCGAAUCUCCGAUCUCGUGGUUCGUCGCUCUGCAAUAUUGCCAUUCUCGUGGUGGAUAUUAUGCACGGCCUGGAGCCCCAGACGUUGGAGUCGAUGAAACUCUUGCGAGACCGCAAGACACCGUUUAUCGUCGCCCUCAACAAGAUCGAUCGUUUAUACGGGUGGAAGAAGAUUGACAACAAUGGUUUCCAAGAGAGUUUGGCGAUGCAGAACAAAGGUGUGCAGAACGAAUUCCGUGAUCGACUGGAAAAGACCAAGCUGGCUUUCGCUGAGCAAUCGUUCAACGCCGAACUCUACUAUGAGAACAGAGAUAUGAGGAGAUUCGUCUCGAUGGUACCAACGUCAGCACACACUGGUGAAGGUAUCCCAGAUAUGUUGAAGCUUUUGGUGUCCUUGACCCAAGAACGCAUGACAUCCAGUCUUAUGUACUUGUCAGAAGUUGAGUGUACCGUGCUCGAGGUCAAAGUCAUUGAGGGCUUGGGUACCACGAUUGAUGUCAUCAUUUCCAACGGUGUGCUCCGGGAAGGUGAUCGUAUUGUUCUCUGUGGCCUCAACGGUCCAAUUGCGACGAAUAUUCGAGCACUCCUUACGCCAGCACCACUCAAGGAACUACGUCUCAAGUCACAGUACGUGCAUAACAAAGAAGCCAAAGCUGCUCUUGGUGUUAAGAUUGCUGCCAACGAUCUUGAAGGUGCUAUUGCCGGCUCUCGACUGCUGGUGGUUGGACCCGAGGACGAUGAAGAAGACCUUGAAGAUGAAGUCAUGGGUGACCUGCAACAAUUGCUGAGCAAGGUUUCCAAAGAUAACCGAGGUGUCAGCGUGCAAGCUUCAACUCUCGGUUCUCUGGAAGCACUUCUGGAAUUCUUGAAGCAGUCUAAGAUUCCCGUGGCCAACAUUUCCAUUGGGCCCGUUUUCAAGAGAGAUGUGAUGAUGGCGGGUACCAUGUUGGAAAAGGCCAAGGAAUAUGCAGUCAUGCUCUGUUUUGAUGUCAAGGUGGACAAAGAGGCACAACAGUAUGCAGACGACAACGGCAUCAAGAUUUUCACGGCAGACAUCAUCUAUCACCUGUUUGACGAUUUCACCAAACACCGAGCGGCAAUCCAAGAACAGAAGAAGGAAGAGAGCAAGCUGUCUGCCGUGUUCCCAUGCGUACUGUCGCCAUUGCAAGUGUUCAACAAGAAGGAUCCGAUUGUGAUUGGAGUGGACGUGAUCGAAGGCAAUCUUCGUCCGCUUACUCCGAUUGCGGUGGUCAAGGCGAAUGCUGUUACGGGAGUCAAGGAAAUCAUCAGCUUGGGUAGAGUGACAUCGAUCGAACGUGAGCACAAGGCGAUUCCGAUUUGCAAGAAAGGCCAGCCUUCAGUGGCGGUCAAGAUCGAGGGACCCAAUCAGCCAAUGUAUGGUCGACAGCUCGAAGACAAGGAUACACUCUACUCACUGAUUUCACGACAAUCGAUUGACACACUCAAAGAUUUCUACCGAGAGGAGAUGUCGAAGGAGGAGUGGGCAUUGGUGAAGAAGCUGAAACCACUUUUCGAUAUUCCUUAG